AAACCACCAUGAGUUCGAGAAACAUAAGCAGCACUGUAUGUACUCCCAAUGCUACUAAUAAUACUGCUAUCAAUGUGUCAAUGGAAGAACUGUCAUUUAAAGUACUCGAGAAAAAAUACAACUAUUUGGAACCGGGUGGACACUACAUUCCGAAAAGUUGUAGCGCGGCACAUCGGAAAAAAUACAACUAUUUGGAACCGGGUGGACACUACAUUCCGAAAAAUUGUAGCGCGGCACAUCGGGUUGCUGUAAUAAUUCCAUAUCGCGAUCGUCAAUCGCAUCUCAAAAUUCUUCUUAAUAAUAUGCACCCAUUCCUCACCGAACAAGAGCUGGAUUAUUCCAUUAUUGUAGUGGAACAAAGUGCUAAUUCAACAUUCAAUCGUGGCAAGCUGUUAAAUGUUGGAUUUCUUGAAGCAAUGAAGUUUUAUAACUGGCAAUGCGUCCUGCUUCAUGAUGUAGAUUUAUUACCAGAGGAUAGAAGAAACCUACACGUGUGUCCAACGCAGAAUCCUCGACACAUGGCCGUUGCAGUAGAUAAAAAUAAUUACAAACUGAAUUACGAGACUAUGUUCGGCACGAGUUCUUUUCUGAACAUUCAACAAUUUCGUGAUGUAAAUGGACUAUCCAAUCGUUACUGGGGUUGGGGAGGAGAGGAUGAUGAUCUUUACAAAAGGUAAAG